UUUCAGGGUAUUCAGUGAGGAAAAUUUGACAGUUCUAGCGGUACGAAGUGAUGAUAUUAUCAUGACCCGGUACUCUUUUUGGUGAUAGUGAGGAUCAUGUAGAGAACGUACGAAUCUUCGCGGUUGUCAGGUACGAAGAGACCAAAAGUGAAAGUGAUUAGAAUUUUUCUAGUGUCAAUCUAAUAGCUUUAGUUUGUCAAAUUUUAAAAAAGUCUCCAGCAGAAGGUUCUAUAAUAUAUGAUCAUAAUAGAUGAUCCGCUGAAACUCAAGGAUUCCUCAUGUGGCGAAGAAGAAUUGUCGUCAUUGGUUCACCACCCAACUUGCAGCUUAUUAAAGCAGCUGAAAAACGGAUCGGCAUGGAGUAACUACUCGGGUCACAGUGACCCUUGGAAGGGAAAAGGGCAGCAGCAUCGCCUCCCUACGCCCUUCUGCCGCCGCGACGCACGACGACAUUGGACUGUCGUCGUCCCGCAGCGACCCCUGCGUCAUUAUUAUUGUUAUAGCCGCAAGAUAACGCGCAUCAGCUGUACCGUCUCUUACCUUAGGCGACGAGGGGUACACAACGGCCGACAGUCCGACUAGAGUGGUGGAAGUUGGGCAGGCGGGAUGAAGUAAGGGAUGAUAGGUGGGGCAAAACGAAGAAAGAGGGGAAACAGUCUCUAAAUAUGCUAAUACCCGCGCCGUGGAGUAAUGAGUUUCUCGCGCCACUACGAUUCACCGGACUGCUAUGCAUAUAUAUUCACGGCUAU